AUGAAGGUCCACAACCUGUCUAGCAGUAAUCGUCCAAGACGAAGCACAGUGGCGAACGAGCAACCGCCGGAUAGAAAAACCAUCUUGGAACAGCGCAAUGUGUUCGGUGGUUCGCCAGACCCCGGCCUGAGCGAGAAUGCAUGCUUGUCUGAACCGGUCGGUUGGUCUGUCGAUUCAGUCAAACCUACCGAGGCAUCAGACCCCACUCGGAAUGCUCAGUGUGACAUGUAUAUCACAACUGAGCAUCCCAAGGCUUGCCGUCCGCUCGGUUAUGAGUCCUGUGGCAGACAGCGUUGGUUCGGACGUCGAAAAGAUCGAAUGGGAUUUCGAUCCACCUUAUUUCGACGUCUACCACGAAGUCCACCACCUCCAGCACCCCUGCCAUCGUUCCUGGUACCACCGGAGGGUGAAUUGGAAGAGUCAGUCGAUUUGUCCCCGAAGAAAUCCGAUCCAGAUCAGGGUGAGAAAACUAUCCACGACGAUCGUGAACCAGACGCCCUUGUUCGACCAUUUACCCCGGCAGAUUGUAAUGCAAAUAAUGCGACCAAACUGACUAAUGAUGAAGUGAACCAGAUCAGCAAUUUCAUCGAACGUCUAUGGCAAACACGUGAGAAAGGUGGUAAAAACAAUAUGCUAACGGAAGAAGAAAUGAUUGGGAUAUGUACAAAAGUUCGACCGAUAUUUUUAUCUCAACCGAAUCAGCUGGAUUUGCAAGGUCCACUGAAAAUAUGUGGCGAUAUUCAUGGACAAUAUAGUGAUCUACUUCAUCUAUUCGAAUUGUGCGGUAAACCAGACAAAAUUAACUAUCUGUUUCUCGGAGACUAUGUGGAUCGGGGUAGACAUAGUUUGGAAACAAUAGCAUUAUUAUUAUGCUAUAAACUGAAAUAUCCAUGUCGUUUUUUUCUUCUACGAGGCAAUCAUGAAACCCAAUCGGUUACACGGAUCUAUGGAUUUUUUGACGAAUGCAAAAGACGAUUCACUGUCAAGCUGUGGCGUCAAUUUAUCGACACCUUCAACUGUUUGCCUGUAUGCGCGAUUAUUGAGAAUCAAAUAUUUUGCUGUCAUGGUGGUCUAUCCCCAGACAUGCUUACCCCAGAAGUCACGGACUUAUUUGAAUUGAAACAAAAGAUUCGAAAAAUUCAACGUCCUUGUGAUGUGCCGGAGAAUGGGUUGUUAUGCGACUUGCUUUGGUCCGAUCCGUGGUACAUUGAUUAUUCGGAAAAAGCGGCCGAACCGACUGGAUGGGAGGCCAGUGAACGAGGCGUCUCGUACAUGUUCGGUCCGAAUGUGAUUGAUCAAUUCUUGGAAAGAUUCAAUCUGGACCUGAUUGUACGAGCGCAUCAGGUUGUGGAAGAUGGAUAUGAGUUCUACGCGAAUCGCUCUCUCGUGACCGUGUUCUCAGCGCCGAACUAUUGCGGUGAGUUUGAUAAUGCGGCUGCGGUGUUUUGUCUCUCACGACUGACCGGGAAUUUGGACAGUUUACAACCGACACAUUCCAAUCUGAUCACGGAUGAUGAGGCGAUGACACAAGAGGAAGCCGAUUUGGAAGGCAGUUUUCAAAUUAUACGUUCUGUGGCUCCGAAAAAAUAG